GUUCCAGAUCCAGAACAUAAAAAGCCUACAGACUAUGUCACUGGUCUAUUCCGGCUGGAUGUUGCUUUAAGACCUAGAAGUGCUUUGGCUCCUUCACUUCGGAAUUCAUCUCCUAACAAUUCAGACUCUUCUAGUGCAACUGGUCAACUAACUGUGGAAGACAACAAGAAAGAGGAUACAACAACAAGUUCAGUUAGUCCUUUGCCUGCAAAUUCUAAAUAUUUCACGAUCUCAGAAUCCAAAGCGAAGUUCCUGAAUCGAUAUGUGCGUGACAUUGGUCAGCUCAAUGGAGUUCAUGACAAUAAAGACCUUCACCAAAAAAAGGAGGAACUGGUUAGCAGGUUAGAUCGCAAACUUGAAGUUUUGCGAGAAGAACGUCUGCUCGUCAGUGAAGAGAGCCGGGUGAAUGAAGAACUUGGAGCGAGUGUAGCAGCGCAAGUGAGCAGGCUUGCACACCCACAUGAGGCAGCUAAAUAUCGCCUACAUGUUGAAGAAGUGGGGAAAAUUACGAGCUUAUUGCUAGCCCUCUCUGGUCGUUUGGCACGUGCUGAAAAUGCUCUCAUGGGUCUGCCCUUGAAUCAUGCUGAAAGAAAAAUAUUGGAGAGCAAGAGAGAUAAACUACGAGAACAGUUGGAAGAAGCCAAGAAAUUAAAGGAGAACAUUGAUCGGCGAAGUAUUAGUGUGUCCAACAUACUAUACAAAUAUUUCAAUUCUGAAGAAUAUGCAGAUUAUGAUCAUUUCAUCAACAUGAAAGCAAAGCUUAUAAUGGACUCUCGGGAAAUAGCUGAUAAAAUUAAAUUAGGAGAAGAGCAGUUGGCAGCACUCAGAGAAACAUUACAUACACCUAGUGACUGUUAGAUCUGAUUGUUGUAUUUUUGUAUUACUGUGUUAAAUAAUAAGUGGCUCAUCUGAUAGAUCAACAGUCAGAAUAGUCUAUUACAUGUAUGUAAUUAGUUUCUGAAUGCUGUUUCAUCAAAUAGACUGUGUAAAUAUGUGUAUAAUUUUGAUUUCCUACUGCUUGUUAGCCAGCUGGAGCUUCAAAGUCAGCUGGUGUUUUGGGUGCCUAGUCUUUUGCUGUUGAGAAAGUGAGAAAGAAGUUAAAUGUAUGUAUGAAUGUGUAAAUGUUUGGUUUUUCAUACCAGCAACACAAGGUUUGAUGAAGUUUUGUUAAUAAAUUUGAUCAAAUGAACAAAUGUUAAUUUUUUUAAAACAAGAAAUAAGGUCAGAUAAACAGCUUCAAAAUGUUUUUUGACAUCUGAUUUUGCUUCUUGAAGUUGUAAAAGAAAUAUUUUGAUAUAAUUUUCUGUAAAAAAAAAAACAAAAAAAAAUUAUUGCUUUGAUUCUCAUAGAGUUCUGUUGUGAAUACUUGUAUUAAUUUUUCAUUACAAUCUAUGGAAUCUGAACUUGAGCAUUACCAUAAAAUGCUUUGAAAUCCUUACAGGAAGAUCUAAGAAACUCAACAAACAUAGAAACCUCAAAAUGGAGAAUACAAUUUUUUUUGUGUGUGUAUUACUAUAAGUAUGAGUACAUUUGGAAAUUAUUCUGAUAAGAAGAAGAGGUAAUAUCGGUCCAUGAAUAAGUCUAUUUUUAUUUGCAGAAGCAUGUUUUGUGAUGUUAAAGAAUAAAUACAAUUUAGUUGUAAUAAUCCACUUGCCAUAUUUAACCAGUCAUAUAUGUAGUGAAUGGCAAUUCAAAAUCUGUUUUAAGUGAACUAUGUAAUGUUAAAGGUUUACAUGACAGACUCUGAGCUGGAGGUAAACACAACUUGCAUGUGCUUGACAACAUACACAGUUCUCUCAAACUUAUGUUUGCCAACUAGUUGACAACAUGCCUCAUUUUGUACUUUUUCUCUUCAGUUGCAUCAUAUUUUUAUCAUCUUGCUGUUGACUGACAUGUAUUGUGUACUUAAAUAGUGUGAAUUAUUUUAAUAGUAAUGCCCAUUUUCUCUUAAAGAAUGCAUUCAAAAUUUGUUGAGCAGGGAAUUUGUCAAAAGGACUCUUAUCAAGUCGUAUCUAAGAUUUCGACCUGAUUCAGGAGCCCAGUGCUCUCGCACCAAAUCUUCAACAAAAUUAACCUCUUGCCAUUUGGAAAUAUGGUUAUUUUAAUUCUUUUCAACAGGAUAUUUGUUUUCAAAUACAGUGUGUAUUAUACUGUGUGUAAUCCUGUUGAUGCUAGUGAAAAAGAGGAUAUUCAAUACUUUUGUAAAAUCAAUUUUUUGCAAACACUGAAGCAGAUACUACAAGUACAAAGAUAAAUUCAUUUUGGUUUAGGUUCUCCAUCAAAACUUUCUUUUUUAACCAAUCAAACACUGUACUGACGUAUUGUAGUUCCCAUUUUGGAAAUUUUGUAAUAUACCAAAUGGCUAAGACGGUGGGUUCUAAGAGGGGAUUUUGUGGAAUGAAAACUUGUAAAUUUUAAAUUGUGGGUUACUUGUAAAUUUUGUAACUUGUAAAUUGUAACUUGUAACUUGUAAAUUUUAAAUUGUUAAAUUGUUAAUUCAUAGUUAUAUGAUGCAGAUAGAAGAGCUCCAAUUAUUGAAUUAAACAGGCAUUUGGCAAAUUGGAAAUUUUUUUGACUGGAUAAAGCUCUGAAAUUAAUUAAAGAAGCUAUUAGAUAGAAAAAAAAUUAAUUUAUUUGUGAAAUUAAAAUUAACCAACAAAGGUUCAGGAAACUGUAAAUACAAUAAUAUUUACAUAAGAAAGACGCUACAAAUUAAUUAUUAAAGGAGAUUCAUCACAGAAGUAUUAAAAUUGCAACCAAACCAUUCAAUACCUGUUUUUUCUGAAAUAUUUCAAAACGUAUGUGUUGCUUUGAAGAAUUAACUCUCUUCCAAGCAGCAAGAAACUAAAUAUUUUCCUAUUUUUGAAAGCUUUCAUUUUUUCUUCUAAUAUUAAUUCAUAUAAUUGGAGUUCUACUGUGAAUGAAAUAUUUUCAAUUAAACAUUAUUCCAAAGUAACCUAAAAGAAAGAUGUUAACGCAGCUUUACGGAUAAUUGCACUUUUCAAAAAGGUUAAUAUUGUGCUUAAAAGACAAAAUCAAAAAAUUAGGCAACAUUGUAUUUGUCCCAGAAAAUUGUGAGUUAUAAUAAAUGGCUUGCUCUUUACAACAGUUUUGAGUUUACAGCCACAAUGCUACUUCUGAGCAUAAUUUUAUAAAGUUAAGUAAUACAUUUGUUCAUUGAGCACUUUAAACAUGAAUUUUCCCAGGCUUCAUUAGAAUGACUUACACUUUAUGUAGCAAUUCAUAGUUUGCUCAUGCAUACAGAUAAUCAUUUAAGUUAGAAUAUGUAUCUAUGUUGUAUGCGUGUGUUUGUUUGUUAUGCAAGACUGAAAUUCGCCUAUGCUUUGAGAAUGUUGAAAAUGGUUGUAAAAACCUCUAUAAAGAAUAAUCUGUUUAAACAUUCUAUAACUUUUUAAAUUGAGUAUGUUAUUAUACAUUCAUUUCUGUAAAUAUAACAGCAAGAAUAGAAUGGUGCUUCAAAUGUUUCUCCAUUGUGCAUAAUAUAUCAAAGUUUCUGACUAUG